GGGCGGGCAGUGCUGCCCUCCCUCGGCGCGGGAGCAGCGAGGCCGGGCCGAGGGGAGCCGAACAGAGCCGGGCCGGGCCGGGCCGAGUGCAGCCGAACUAAGCCGAGUGGAGUCGAACCGAGAGUCGAACGUACCCGAACCGAGACGAGUCAAGCCGAAGCUAGCCGAGUCGGGCCGAGUGGAGUCGAACGGAGACGCUUCGCCGUUCCCCUCUCCCCGCAGCCACCGGGGUCACCUCCGUGCCAGGCGGGCACCCGGGCGCCCCCCCGCCGGAGCAGCAUGGCGUCGCGCAUCGGGCUGCGGAUGGAGCUGAUGAAGCAGCAGGCGCAGCAGGAGGCGGAGCGGGAGCGAGUGCAGCAGCAGAUGAUGAUGAACUACAUGCAGCAGCAGCGCAUGCCGGUGGCCUCCACCCCGGCCAUCAACACCCCUGUGCACUACCAGUCCCCACCACCCGUGCCUGGAGAGGUCCUCAAGGUGCAGUCCUACCUGGAGAACCCUACCACCUACCACCUGCAGAAGUCUCGGGACAAGAAGGUUCAAGCUUACCUCUCAGAAACCUACGGGAACAAGUUUGCUGCCCACGUCAGCCCCAUCAGCCACUCUCCCAAGCCGCCCCCGGCCGCCUCCCCUGGCGUCCGACCUGGCCACGUCCUGUCCUCCUCGGCGGGCAACAGUGCCCCCAACAGCCCCAUGGCCAUGCUCAACAUCGGCUCCAACCCCGAGCGCGAGUUUGAUGAGGUCAUCGAUGACAUCAUGCGCUUGGAUGAUGUCUUGGGCUACAUUAACCCUGAAGUCCAGAUGCCCAACACGCUACCCAUGUCCAGCAGUCACAUGAAUGUCUAUACUGGGGACCCCCAAGUGACAGCCUCCCUUGUAGGUGUCACCAGCAGCUCCUGCCCUGCUGACCUCACCCAGAAGAGAGAGCUGACAGAUGCUGAGAGCCGAGCCCUGGCGAAAGAGCGUCAGAAGAAAGACAAUCACAACCUGAUCGAGAGGCGGCGAAGGUUUAACAUCAACGACCGCAUCAAAGAGCUGGGGAUGCUCAUCCCUAAGGCCAACGACCUGGACGUGCGCUGGAACAAAGGCACCAUCCUGAAGGCAUCUGUGGACUACAUCAAGAGGAUGCAGAAGGACCUGCAGAGGUCACGAGACCUGGAGAACCACUCACGACGCCUGGAGAUGACAAAUAAGCAGCUGCUGCUCCGCAUCCAGGAGCUGGAGAUGCAGGCACGUGUCCACGGGCUGCCCACCUCCUCGCCCUCAGGUGUCAACGUGGCCGAGCUGGCUCAGCAGGUGGUCAAGCAAGAAGCCAGUGGGGACGAGGGGACGCUGGAACCGCUGCUGCCACCCCCGGACCCCGAAACGCAGCUGCAGCCAGCGCUGCCUCCACCCCCUCAAUCUCCCUACCACCAACUGGACUUCACCCACAGCCUGAGCUUCGACGACGGCUCCCGAGGCUUCCCAGACAGCCUGGAGCCCAGCCACAGUGCUUCCUUCCCAUCCCUAUCCAAGAAGGAGCUGGACUUGAUGCUGAUGCAGGACACCAUGCUGCCCCUGGCCUCCGACCCCUUGUUCUCAGCCAUGUCCCCGGAGGCUUCCAAGGCCAGCAGUCGCCGGAGCAGCUUCAGCAUGGAGGAUGCAGACAUGCUGUGACAGAGGAGCUGCUCCAGCACCAGGGGCAAGGACUUGGGAGUUUGGUUAGUGAAGUUGAGGGCUCUCCCCUGGCAGGAGCAGCCCUUCCUGCCCAGCACUUGAACCUACGUAGGAGUUACCUUUUCUCUAUGCAACGAGGGGCCGGGACCGAGGCUCUGGGUACCGCCCUGGCUUUUGCAAGCUUUUCUUUUUGCCCAGGAAGCCUCCUUGGCUUCUGUGGCGUUGGCCUGACUGCAGAUUGCCCAGCCUGGGAGUGUGAUCUCAGCUGCUUUGCCUUUCAGCAAAACCCUCCAGGUCCCAACCCCUUUCCCCAGGGUGCUGGAGCAGGCAGGAGCCUUCAAGUCGCCGGCAGGAGAGGAGAGGGACAGCGCUCAGUGCUCUUGGUCUGGCUUGCUGCCUCCUUGCCAUCUCCCUCUGGGAGCCCAUGUCCCUAACAAGUCUUCCCCAGAGGUGGCCUCUGAGCCCUGCAGAUGCUUUGUGGUGCCACAUCCUUCGUGGUGCCUCCUUCCUUGGAGCAGACACUGCCUGUCCUGCUCGCAGGGAGGCGUUAAUUGGAGCAGGUUAAUUUGCAGGGCUCUGGGGUGUAGGCUGAGUGAGCUGGGUCUGAAGCUACAAAUUUAACUUCAAGGCUUCCAAAACAGCUGGGCUGGGGUGUUUGAUGCUUGGUCGACCCCCUCCUGUGACUCCCACUUUGGGGGGAGCCCCCUCCUCGGGGUUUGGUAGCAUCCACUACUCCAAAACCAUGCCAGGCUCUGGACAAGGGCUGCAUGGUGCCAGACGACCUUCAGCUUCCCUUGAGACAUCCCCACAGAGGUGCCUCUGCCCCGUCUGGCUCUUCAGGGGGGAGGUUAAGGGGUUUUACACUUACUUCUGGGGAUACUUGUUGAAAGCAGAUGACCUGUCCCACAUCUGGGAGGUGUCCCUGCCUCUGGGAGGGGAUUGGAACUAGAUGAUCUUUGAGAUCCCCUUCCAACCUAACCCAUUCUGUGAUUCUCUCUAGGCAUGGAGGUCUGGGAUCUGUCCCAGGACCUGGGAAUAGUUUGUGCUGAUUGCCAAACCUCAGCUGCUCCUCUCUGCCUUUGCCUCCUGGGGUUUAUUUCUCUUCCCAGUGCCACCAGCUCCUUCCCCAGCCAGGACAGCUCUGUGAUGGGAAGAUUCUUUGAGCUUUCUGCCUCCUCAGCCUGGCUGGUGGUGAGGAGGGAGCUGAGCAGGGGAGGAGAGAUGCUCUUCACAGGGAACAUACCACAAGAUUUUUUGUCAGGGAAGGCUGGGGAGUGGAGAGCACAACUUUGUGAUCCCCCUUCAGAGCCCAGCAUCACUCCCCCAGGGCUGUGGGAGCUGUGGCUGGAUGGGCAGGAGCCCACAGGAUGGGAAUCACUGGGUGUACCCCAUCCUGAGUCAAGGAUGGAGGAUGUCAUAAGGUUGGCACUGUGAGGGGAAAGCCCAGCCAAGGAGGGACAAGACUGCUCUGUUGUGGGUGGUUUUGGGAUUGCAAGGUGGGGGCCAGCCCCAGUAGCCCCCCCCAGAGAGGUGCCUGUGGGAUGUGAGGGUGUGGGGAAGUGCAGAAAGUGAGAAGGUGAUGGAGAGGAAGGAGGUGUUGGAGGUGUCCUGGGGCAGGGCAGGGUCCAUCCACUGCUCUGCAGGGCUGCAGGGAAGGGGGUGAGGGCAAGGGGCACUGGGCUGUGCCCUGGUGGGGUUGGGGCUGGUUCACAGGGGGGCCUUGGCAUCCUUCAUGUGCUGCCAUUAGUGCCUGCAAAGAAGAAUCCCCCCCUGGCAGGGCAGCAGCCUCUGUACCCACACUGAGUACCUCUAGAUGGGGGUGGCCUCUGGGUCUGUGGUCACCAGAGGGUCUGCACAGGAGCUUCAAGGGCUGCCAGGUGAAACCCCUGGGAUUAUUGUGGCUGUGGAGUGGUUCCCCUGGGCCCUCACUGGUGGUCCCCAGCUGGUGUGGGUCUGACUGGGAUGAACUCCUGCUCCAGGCACCAAUGGGCAGAGGACCUUCCAUUGCUCAACACGAGCUGUGGCAUCUCCCCUCCCUUCCCCUCCCCUCCAGCCACAGGGAAACAGUUGUGGAUUCUUCUUCUUUUUUUUUACCUUUUGGGGGGUUUUGUUUGGUUUUCUUUUUGUUUUGUUUGUUGGUUGUUUUUUUAAUGCACUGUGCUCUGAUUCAAAAAUUUUACUACUGUUUUAUAAAGAAAAAAAAAUGUAUAAAAGAAUGAACUGGAAUGGAAGGAGAGAAAAAAAAAUAUCCAUUAAAAUAUAUUUAUUUACAACA